AUGAAUCACCGAAGCCGACUGAUAUCGCCCUUUCUGGCGCACAGGAGGAGGGUGCUUGGAGAAGGAGGGGCAGGCACGGUCCAGCAGAAGCUGCUUCAGAAGGCAGCGGCAGAAACGCCUGUACAAACGGCACCGAAGCGCUUCUACCGAUUCGGACAUCGAGUGAACGUCGGCGGGUACUUCGUCUCGCCCAAGUGGUUCGACCAGGAGCUCCUCCUGAAGGAAGACGUCAAACUGUCGGCCGCGUGUCUUCAGCGGCCUGAUGGGGUGGUCAGCCAGGCGAAUCGCCUCUUCAACGAAGAACAGGAGCGGCAAAGGGCGCUGGUGAGCCGCAUUGAGAAGAUUGAAGUCAUCCUGGAGAAGCCCUUUCCCACACACGAUGAUGUCGUCCUGAUGAUGAAUCGCAGCAUUUCGACGCCGUACGACUGUGCAGCGCACAUCAGUGAGCUUCUGCGGAAUCGGUCGGCCUUGGCGGUGGUCGAUGGAACGAAGAGCUGGCACAUGCACCAGCCUCUGGAGAACUCCUGUCACCUGAGGCUACUGCACUUCAAGCACGACGACCCGAUGCCGGUCAACUACGCCUUCUGGCGAAGCUGCUCCAUGCUGCUGGCCAGCGUGGUCAAGAGGGCCUUCAAGGAGGAGCACCCGGUGGCCAUUCUCUCGCCGCCCAUGUCCGACCUGGCGGGCGGCAGCUUCGUGGUGGACGCCAGCAUCGCCAGUCUGCCCGACACCUGGACGCCCACCACCGAGGAGCUGCGCUCCUUCACCUCGCUGCUCUGGGACGAGGUGACCGCCAACCGCCACUUUGAGCGACUUCAGGUGAGCGCCGACACCGCCCGAAAGCUCUUCGCCGGCGACGCCAAGCGGUUGGCGCAGAUCGGCGAAGCAUCCUCCUCAUCUGACACCACCACCUUCACCGUGUACCGCGUCGGCGACCACAUUGAGCUCUGCGAGGAGGCGCUGAUCGCCAGCACCGGCCUCAUCGGCUCCAUCUUCACCAGCGCCGUCCACCGGAUCAGCACUCCGAACGGCGGGACGUUCUACCGCUUCCAGGGCGUAGCUCUGCCUCGCCAGCUGCACAUCAACGCCUACGCCUUCUCGCUGAUUCGCGACCGCGCCAAGCAGCUCAACUCCGUCGGCCUCAGCUGA